UUUGCACAUUCAUUGACAACGUACACCUAUACAUUCAAGGAAUCGGAGUUUGUUGUUGCAAGAGUUAUACAAGAAACAAAGUAAUGACGAGUGGCAAGAAAGAGAAGCUGAAGGACGAACCACGUCCGCAACCUGACAUCGUCUGGACAGAGAUGACUCGGGCACUAGCCCAGGUGGUCAUUGGUAACCUCAUGAUCAUCCUCGGGGCUGGUUCAAUCAGUUACUACUGUUACCUGUAUUAUGUGUCAGCUGGGAUCUGGGUCGGCCUUACGGUGAUGGCCACAGGCAUCGUUGGCGUUAUACAUGCAUCUCGAAGUUCAUACGGAGUGGAAUACACCUACAGUAUCAUGUUGGUCAUCGCUAUGACCUUCGCCGUGACCUUGUUCGGGGUCGAGGUCGCCGCCUACGUCUACGACAGUCGAGAUUGUGACAAACCCAUAUUCGGCAACCACACUACCACCGCUGCACCCACCACCACAUCACCCCCGUGGUCGCCCUAUCCAACCCACUACCACUGGCCAUCUUCGUGUAUCAUGGAGUGCGUCUACAUCCAUGCAGCCGAAGGUGUAUUGAGUCUCCUGGAAUUCGCGGGGGCGAUCGUUUGCAUCUACUACCUAUUCCAGGCGAAGAAGAAGGCAGCACCUCCUCCUUACGAGCCUAUGAUGCCAGACCCAAUCCCUUACAAGGCUUAAUCAACAACUUUGGGCAUUUAAUCAAUACCACGCACCUUCUUCUACCUAUGUGGGCCUAUACUACAAAAACUACCCAACUAAUAUUUGCUUUUACUUUUCAUUCAUUUUACAUAAAAGUUUGUAAAAGUCAUGGUCGAAAAUGAAUCAAAUUAAUUUAAAAAUUGUGCAAGUAAAAUCGUCAAAUUUGAACUUCGGGAAAAGAAACUGCUUUAUUUUUUUUCGAUUUUUUUUAAACUGCAAACAUUUUGUUGGUAUUAAAGGAAAAUCACUUUCACUAAAAAUAUCUCUUGAAAUGACAUUACUACAAUUCGAAAUUAACUCCGUUUUAUACAGAGCUUGUACUGAAUAAAUGGCUUUAAGAAUUAAUAAAUAAAUAAAGCUUUCGACUUUUUAAUUUAAUACUUCUGACUUCUUCGAUGGUAUUUCGUGUCUUAAUGAAUGCUCGUGUUGAAGAGUCGCAUACAGGCAGUGUAUGAGAAUAAUUGGUUUACACGUCAGCAUAAUUUUAUCGCCAAUGACGUUUUUAGCUUUGGGAAGUGACUGUCAGAUAUUAAAUACAGACCAGAAAGAGUUAUUUGAAAUAUGAAUGUCAAUCUUAUUAUUCCCUCUCAUCUCAAAAACUCCCCAAACGCGAAAAAUAAAUGCUAUUACACUGUUAUGUUACAGCCCGAGCGUAAUUUGAAAGGCGAGUGGGAUUAGACUGGGGUCCAGCUUAGGUCUUAUAUUGGUUGGCACACAUUACUAUUACCGAAUUAUUCCGUCAUUAAAAUCACCCGAAGAAAGGGUGUA